CUGGAACUAUUUUACUUUGAGAGUUCUUCAUCAACAACAUCAUACUCUUAUAUUAUUAUAAUCUCGCUCUUUUAUUGCCUCUCUAAAUCCUAAUUGUACUCUUAAUGCUGGCAUAACUAAUCAGUAGGGCAGUGGAUAAUUACGUCAUCACCUCUGCUGGUACUCACAAGUCGCCAUGGCGACGUUCCCAAAGCGCGCGGCAGACUAUGUAGGAUAUAGUACGCAGGGAUUUGGGGAAUCCCAGAAAUAAAGCGCACUCGCGUACUAAAUAGUCUGUAUUAAAAACAUCAGGACGCUUUGGCCACCCCUUACUCAUUAGUAAGCGAGCGCGGUAGUGCGCGCGGAAGCAUGGCGCUGGUGGUGAACCUGAGCUGCGCGUGGUGCGCGUCCUCGCUGCCAGACACAGGACCGGACUCACGCGCUGUAACCGCAGCUCUGGCCGCCAUCCUCAUCUUCACCAUCGUGGCUGAUGUGCUGGGAAACGUGCUGGUCAUUCUGUCCGUCUACCGCAACAAGAAACUCAGGAACGCAGGUAAUCUCUUUGUGGUGAGCCUUUCUGUGGCUGACCUGGUGGUGGCGCUGUACCCGUACCCCCUGGCCCUGCUGGCUAUCUUCCACGGCGGUUGGACGCUGGAUGCAGUGCAGUGCCAGCUGAGUGGCUUUGUUCUGGGCCUUGGUGUCAUCGGAUCUGUCUUCAACAUCACAGCCAUUGCCAUCAAUCGCUACUGCUACAUCUGCCACACGCUGGACUACGAGCAUUGGUACACACGUCGAAACACUUGUCUGUGUGUUUGUCUUACGUGGCUCCUCAGUGUCGUCGCAACGCUGCCCAACUUCCUGCUUGGUUCGCUGACCUACGACCCACGGGUCUUCUCCUGCACGUUUACGCAGACCGUUAGCUCUCUAUACACGUCGUGUGUGGUGCUGGUCCACUUCCUGAUCCCACUAGCUGUCGUGUCUUUCUGUUACUUGCGUAUCUGGAUGCUGGUGGUCAGGGUCAAAGGUCGUGUGCGGCCCAGACCUUGGGCACGUUCCGCUGACCUGCGCCACUUUCUAACCAUGUUUGUGGUGUUUGUGCUUUUCGCUAUGUGUUGGGCGCCGCUGAACUUCAUUGGCUUGGCUGUGGCGCUGGACCCAGUCAAUGUGGCACCAAAGGUACCCGAGUGGCUCUUCGUGGCCAGCUACUUCCUGGCGUACUUCAACAGCUGCCUGAACGCAGCCGUCUAUGGCCUCCUUAACCGGAACUUCCGCCACGAGUACAAGCAGAUCCUCCUCUCACUUUGCACACGCCGAGCUCUGUUCCCUGAAAACUCCCGGUGCAACACUGAGGCCAUUAGAAGCAAGCAAUCCCCUGCCGUGACCAACAACUUGCUGGUGGAGGCUCACCUGCAGGAGGGUGGAGCUUAAUCGCUCACCUUGUUUGAAAAGGGGUGAAGCUGUUAUUAGCAAGUAUUUGGUGGACGUUUAAAGACGACAGAAACAGAGGUCGUGAAAGACUAUAGACUUCAAGUUUAUAUCUCCAUCUAAGCAAUCACCUGUUCCAAUAACAACCUGCUGGAUAAUAAAAGGAAGGGCUUGACUGCACACAAUGGGUAAAGAUUUUGGGGGACGUUUAAUGAUGACAGACCUAAGUGUCUUUAAAGACUGCAACUAUGGACUUUAAUUACAAUCUGGUGGACGCCUAUCUUUUGAGGAGAAGGGAUAACCUGCACAACAGUAUGCAAAACGGUUGAGUUUGACAUGUGCUUGAAGUAGGACCACAGACCCUGGUGUCUCUAAAGUCUCCAAGUGGAGACUGCAGGUUUACAUUUUCAAUCCAAGCAAACCAAAUAAACUAGCACAUGUCUAGACAUGCUAGUAAAUGACAUCACGUAAAUGACAACUAAAAAGCUGCGUACAUUACAGUGGAUCCUGGGUUCUCCAUGAGCCGUGUUCUCCAGUAGCUCCUGAUGCAACACCUUGGUCUAUAAAAGCAAUAAUAAUAAAAAAAAACAUCAAUCAAUUAACCAACCAACCAACCGAAAAAAUACAACCGACCAAUAAUUAAACAAACAAAACAACAACAAGAACAACAAGAAUAACACCAAAUCCAGCAUUAAAGCAAACCACUGGUGGAGGAUCACCUGUGGAUGUGGGACUGAAUGUCACUGAGGGGAUGAGUUUGACUGCACACCUUUAUGAAUAUUGGAGAAGUUAAAUUUAGCAUAACCAGGAUUACAUAUUAAUCAAACCUAAUAGGCUAGCACUGGUUCACCUCCGGGGGGGGGGUGGAGCUAGAUGUCAAAGGCACGACAGUAUGCAAAAUGGAGGACUUUUGGUAUAAAAUUGGUGACAUUUUGAGGACGUUUGUUGGGCACUGAUAGUAAGAUCUCAGGAACUAUUACUAAAGUCCCAAUUCAACCCCCGGCAAAAAAGCAACUACAAAGCCUCCAGUCACAUGUUACUCUCUCUAUUUUCUUUACCUGUCUUGCUGCUGUAGUGACACCAAAAUUUCUCUGUGUGGGAAUUAAUAAAAUAUUCUCUCUCUCUCUCUCUUUCUCUCUCUCUCUCUCUCUCUCUUAAUGUUAAAAACACACAUGUAUGCCAAUGUGUUAGCAUACAAAACAACCCAAAUAUCUGGGCUAAUUGUAUCAUCAUAGUCUUUAAGGACCAGAGUUUACACUAAACUAAUGCUAAUCCAGAUGCAGUGAAGUUGAAAAAGAAGCUGAACUACAGUACAAGACUCAAGAAUGUCAGAAGGUAUUUUUCCAGCUCUUGCUAACUUUGGCACAACAUGAUGAUUUGCUACAAUCUGCUUCUUAUCUUCUUUUCUGAUCAGAUUUCCUGGAUCGCUGCAUGUUUUCUUUCAGUGAACCAUGUUUCUCCAAUCUCAGUCCUUGAGGGUGAAAACACUCCACCAUUUAUUAUUUUUCUUUUUCCAACCAGCGCCUUUUGGUACAUGUACGCUAACUUUUCUCAGAUGUGUCCUAUGGUUAGCUUCGGUCACUGGCACAGCAUUCGGUAGCUAGCUAGUAAUCGAGCAAAUGUUGGGAAAGAUAAGUUCCUAACGUACUGUUAUAUUUAAAUAUAUCUUAUGAAUGCUCAGCAGCAUCCUUGUGGCUAGUGUGAGUUUCAUGCAGCAGUGUUCCCUCAGUAACUGAUGCUAACGCUCGAUAAUGCUAACGCUAACAAACAGUUUGGGUCAUGUGAAGCUGCUGUUCCUCAAGCCACAUUCGAGAGACAGAGUUUAAUUUUGAUCUUCUGGCUUCAGGGGAAGUUUGGAUUAUUCGAUUGCGAUAAAAAGAAAACUUUUCCAAAAUAUCUCAGAGGCUUUGGAGUCUUGGCCAAGAAAUAUGGAUUUACUCAGUAACCAAAGAGGUUCUAGACUGAUUCUCUCAAGACUGUUGCUCCUGUGAGGAAAACAUGUCAAACUAGACACUUUUUAAUUAUUAUGAAUUAAUAUUUUAUAGUGUUUGUAAUAUCAACUUCAGUGAUUAACAUUUUGAAAUAAUAAAUUUAAUAUGCUAGAACAGUGAUUUGCACACAAGUCUGAUACUUUCUCUACAACAUCAUCAAAGUUGGUCACAUAUCGAAAUCGCAUUGUACCGUAGCAAAGUCAGUCGCAUCGUCGCCAUAA